GCUAAAGAAGAUAAAUUCUUCGAAACGGGUUGUUAGCUCGGAACCAUUUCCAUCGAUUUUGGAAUCUUUUACUCCACGGAUUCAUAUUUUUUUGGAAUUUUUUUUUUCUUCCACAUUUGGAGGUUUCUUCGAUCUGCCGGCCUUAGAGAUUUACUGACAGUUCGAGAUUUGUCUGAGUAGCUUAGCUAUGGACUCUACACAGUCACAGCAACUGAGGAGAGGGGGAUUGGUAUCCCUUUCUCCCUCUCAGACUCCACGAUCAAGCGACAAGGCUGUAAGAGAUCUGCGAUCGGAUGGGAGUUCCAAUCAUAAGCAUGAUAAAGAUAAAGGGGUGAAUGUCCAGGUUCUUGUCCGUUGCAGACCUUUAAGCGAGGACGAGAUGAGGGUCAACACACCCGUAGUGAUUUCGUGCAAUGAUCAUAGACGAGAAGUAUCUGCCGUUCAGAACAUAGCCAACAAGCAGAUUGAUAGGACUUUCGCGUUUGACAAGGUCUUUGGCCCAACAUCCCAACAGAAGGACUUGUAUGAACAAUCUGUCUCUCCAAUUGUUAAUGAAGUUCUUGAGGGUUAUAACUGCACUAUUUUUGCUUAUGGUCAGACGGGCACAGGGAAAACAUAUACAAUGGAAGGAGGAGGAAGGAAAGCAAAGAAUGGGGAAUUCCCAAGUGAUGCAGGUGUUAUCCCUAGAGCUGUUCGGGAAAUAUUUGACAUUCUUGAGGCUCAGAAUGCUGAGUACAGCAUGAAGGUUACAUUUCUAGAGCUCUACAAUGAAGAAAUAACAGAUCUUUUAGCCCCAGAGGAAUGUUCUAAGUUUAUUGAUGACAAGUCUAAAAAGCCAAUAGCCCUCAUGGAAGAUGGGAAAGGAGGUGUUUUUGUGAGAGGCCUGGAAGAAGAGAUAGUCUGCACUGCAAAUGAAAUAUACAAAAUCUUGGAGAAAGGGUCUGCUAAACGGCGAACUGCAGAGACACUUCUCAACAAGCAAAGCAGUCGUUCUCAUUCAAUAUUUUCCAUCACAAUUCACAUUAAAGAGUGCACACCUGAGGGAGAGGAGCUGAUCAAAUGUGGAAAGCUUAAUCUUGUUGACCUUGCUGGUUCUGAGAACAUAUCACGUUCUGGCGCAAGAGAGGGAAGAGCAAGGGAAGCCGGAGAGAUCAAUAAGAGCUUGCUUACUCUUGGUCGUGUUAUUAAUGCACUUGUUGAACACUCUGGUCAUAUUCCAUACAGGGAUAGCAAAUUAACAAGAUUAUUAAGGGACUCCUUGGGAGGGAAAACCAAGACAUGUAUAAUUGCCACAAUAUCACCUUCCAUCCACUGUUUGGAAGAGACACUCAGCACUCUAGAUUAUGCACACCGUGCAAAAAAUAUCAAGAAUAAGCCGGAGGUCAAUCAGAAGAUGAUGAAAUCUGCACUGAUCAAGGAUUUGUAUACUGAAAUUGACCGCCUCAAGCAAGAGGUAUAUGCUACAAGGGAAAAGAAUGGCAUAUAUAUACCGCGAGACCGUUUCCUGCAAGAAGAAGCCGAAAAGAAGGCUAUGGCUGAGAAAAUAGAGCGCUUGGAACUUGAUUCAGAAUCAAAGGACAAGCAAUUGUUGGAGCUUCAGGAGCUUUACAAUUCUCAGCUACAGUUAACCAUGGAGUUAAGUGAAAAACUUGAGAAGACCCAGAAAAAACUUGAAGACACUGAACAUGCAUUAUUUGAUCUAGAAGAAAGAUACCGACAGGCAAAUGCAACAAUUAAGGAGAAGGAGUAUCUCAUCUCUAAUCUUCUCAGAUCUGAGAAAGCACUCAUCGAGCAGGCAAUUGAGCUUCGAACAGAGUUAGAGAAUGCAGCAUCGGAUGUGUCUGGCUUGUUUGCGAAAAUUGAGCGCAAAGAUAAAAUAGAAGAAGGAAAUAGAAUUCUUAUUCAGAAAUUUCAGUCUCAAAUAACUCAACAGCUUGAAGUCUUACAUAAGACUGUUGCAGCUUCUGUGACACAGCAAGAGCAGCAACUGAAAGAAAUGGAGGAAGAUAUGCAAUCCUUUGUCUCCACAAAAGUGGAGGCUACUGAAGAACUUCGAGGACGGGUGGGGAAGCUGAAAGCCAUGUAUGGUUCUGGAAUCAAAGGUUUAGAUGAUUUGGCAGGGGAGCUUAAUGGAAAUUCUCAGUCAACCUUUGGAAAUUUAAAUUCAGAAGUUUGCAAGCACUCAUCUGCACUUGAGGAUCUUCUCAAAGGAAUUGCUUCAGAGGCCAAUGCAAUACUUAAUGAACUUCAAAGUAGCCUGUCUAGUCAAGAAGAGAAGCUAGCUGCAUUUUCUCAACAACAGCGUGAGGGACAAUCCAGAGCGGUGGAGACCACAAGAUCUAUUUCUAAAAUCACAGUUAACUUCUUCAAGACAUUAGACAUCCAUGCAUCCAAAUUCACCCAAAUUGUGGAAGAAGCACAAGUCGUCCAUGACCAGAAAUUGUGUGAACUUGAAAAGAAGUUUGAGGAGUGUGCUGCGAAUGAAGAAAGGGAACUGCUAGCAAAAGUGGCAGAGCUACUAGCAAGUUCAAGUGCUAGGAAUAAAAAACUGGUUCAAGCAGCAGUAGAUGACCUACGGGAGAGUGCUUCUAGCAGAACCAGCAAGCUACAGCGAGAAAUGUCAACCAUGCAAGAUUUCACCUCUUCUGUCCAAAAUGAAUGGACUACUUUCAUGGAAAAAACUGAAAGCCACUAUCUUGAGGAUACAGUUGCUGUGGAAAAUGGAAAGGCUGAUUUGCAAAAAGGUCUUCAACACUGUAUGACGAAGGCAAUAAUGGAUUCACAACAAUGGAGAAGUGCCCAAGAAUCUCUACUUUGCCUGGAAAAAGACAAUGUUGCUUCUGUGGAUUCCAUUGUCAGGGGUGGGAUGGAAGCCAACCAGAUGCUCCGUGCUCAGUUGUCUUCUGCUGCCUCAUCUGCUCUUGAAGACGUAGAUGUUGGAAACAAAAGCCUACUUUCCUCCAUUGAACAUUCCUUGAAACUUGACAAUGAUGCAUGUGGAAAUAUUGAUUCCAUGAUUGCUCCCUGCUGUGGGGAUCUGAGGGAGUUGAGGAGCGGUCACUAUCAUAAGAUUGUGGAGAUAACGGAACAUGCAGGAAAAUGUCUGGUGGAGGAAUACACGGUAUGCAUAUUAAUGUGUUUGGUUGGGUUCUUUCCCUGUAACGUCCUUGUUUUGUCAGUGUUGAUAAGUUUAAGACUCGGUCCUUACCCAUCCUUUUGUGACAAUCAGGUGGAUGAACCAUCUUGUUCAACACCAAGAAAGAGGUCAUUCAAUUUGCCGAGCAUGGCAUCCAUUGAAGAACUCAGAACUCCAGCUUUUGAGGAGUUACUGAAGUCAUUCUGGGACCUGAAAUCUUCCAGACAAGCAAAUGGAGAUGUAAAACACAUACAAGCUGCAUAUGAGGCUGCUCAGUCAAGAGACUCCAGACAUCCUCUCACUGCUAUAAAUUAAAGCAGUUGAUUUGAGAACAUACAGAUAACAGGAUAUAUAGCAAUUAGAGCAUGUACAGAUUAUGAGAAAAUCCAGACUUCCCUCACACAACAGCUGGUUUGUAUCGGUUAAAGCAUAUUGCAAGGACCUCCAUUUAUAUCUUCUGUCGAUAGAGGCCCAAGGGGAGGGGUACAUAAUACAUAUAUAUAUGCGUAUGCAUUUUUGUCCGUAGGGGAGUUCAAUUCUUUGAAAUCCUUUGCUUUUGAUGAGUGCAGUAGGAUUCAACAAUAAGGAUUUCAGUUUUAUUUUGUUAGGGAUUAUAUAUUCUUUAUCAAAUCUCAUUGUUUAAGAUUCGAUUAGGAAUUGGUCAGUUGACAGCAUGAAUGAAUCUGCUCCCGUUGUAAAACAUAUU